AUAGAUACAUAUACAAAUUAUUAUUUUAAAAAUGAGAAUUAGAAUUGGAUUCAAAAUUCUCUCUUUCUCUUUGCUUCAUUUGUCAAAUCAUCCUCUUGUAAUGUCAACCGCGUUUCACUAAUCUCGCCACUCCGUACCCUUCUAACCGUUUCAUAUAUAAAACCUCCCAACCCCCUAACAGCUUAUAUCCCAAUAAGCUUGUAGUGUGUGGUUCUGAAGCCAUUAUUAUAGAGAGCAAGUAACUCAAGAAGAAGAGCUCAAAGAUAUUCAUACAAACAAAUCAGCAAAUUCAGUAGAACUACACAGAUUCUGUAGAUAAACAUAUAGCAUCAAAUCUUGCCAUGGCUGAGGAGUUUCAAGCUGCUGCGGUUUGUGGUGAAAAUUGGUGGAAUAUUAAUUCAGCAAGAAGUGUAUUCCCUCUGAUGAUGAGUUCAUCAUCAACCUGUUCCGUGGCUGCAGCUGAUGCUGGUAACUACAGCACCUGGCAAACUGAUUUCAUGGAUUUGAAAGGAGCAAGUAACAACUUGGUUUCGGAUAGUUUUUUGGGUUUUCUCGAUGCUGAGAAGGCACAGAAGAGUGACUCGGCUAGUGGAACUGGUAGCAUCUUGAUCGAUUCCCCCUUGCAAAUGAUGGGUUUUGGCAUGUCAUCUUCUACUUCAUCGAAUUGGAAUCAAUCUCUGUUAAGGCAAGAGAGCAGUUUCCAUUCUGUAUUUCAAGAAGAAACAGGCAUGGGUGGUAAUAAUUCACAAAUCCAAAAUGAUUGGAGCCCAAAGAAUUUCUCAUCUGAUGGUGGAAGCCAAGUGUCAACCGUUGAUGCUUACAAGCCAAUGAACCAAGAGUUUUCCUUGGAUCAGCAAAGUCUGAAUUCUGUUACCAGCACUGGAUUAUCUGGUGGUUUCCCAGUUGGGUCUGCUUCCUAUGGUUACCCCUCAACAUUGAUACAAAGCUUAUUUGACCCUAAGCCUCAGCCACAACCACAGAACUCCCUUUUCACCAACCCCACCAUGUCCUAUUCAUCUACAACAAACUAUGGGACAUGUUCCAAUGAACCAUCACCAACAUGGUCCAAAGUCUCUUCCCUUCUGAAACCCUCAAUGCCAAAGCAGCAACUUAGUGGAUUGCACUUUUCGAACAAUACUCCUUUCUGGAAUGCUUCAGCUGAGGCACUCAAUGACUUAAGAGCAGGUGUUUUUGCUUCAUCACAAGCACAAUAUCAGACGCCAAAAUUUGAAGAGAAACCCAAUUGCCCAAAUACUCAAUUAAACAAGCUCAAAAGAGAAGAAUCUCCAGACACAACAUCAGCAACGAAGAAAAAUUCUUCUGAACCUGCCUUCAAGAGGCCAAGAAUUGAGACUCCGUCCCCAUUACCAACUUUUAAGGUUCGGAAGGAAAAGCUGGGGGACCGCAUCACUGCUCUUCAGCAAUUGGUUUCACCUUUCGGAAAGACGGACACGGCAUCAGUUCUUCACGAAGCCAUCGAGUACAUCAAGUUCCUUCAUGACCAAGUCAGUGUUUUGAGCACUCCAUAUAUGAAAAAUGGGGCUCCCGUUCAACAGCAGCAGGGUUGUGAUAAUCUGAUGGACUCGGAAGGGCCUAGACAAGAUCUGAGAAGCCGAGGGCUGUGUUUGGUACCGAUUUCAAGCACUUUCCCGGUGGCUAAUGAGACCACUGUUGAUUUCUGGACACCUACAUUCGGGGGCACACUCAUUGGCCGGUAGUGAAAGCUAAUUCAUGCCAAAGAGACUCUGCCAAUGGAGCACUGAUCAUGACUAUAAUAACUAUAUGUAUGUAUAAACUAAAAGGAAGAAGAAGACGAGAUUGGUAAAGAGAAAAUUAAAGCUGAAGAGAACAAAAG